GCAGAACCAGCAGGGUGAAAAGAGAGCUGCGUAGCUCAGCCUGUUAACUGUGUAUGUGAGGAGAAGUUAGAAAGCAGCAGAUUAACGCGAUAAAGGCGUGAACAACGCGAAGAAGAGGCCAAAAACAGUCAGAGCAGCAGGUUUCACACCCACAGAGAGAGAGAGAAAAUACAUUAAUUUGAAGCAGAGUUUUGUUCGGAAGGCUGAAACAGAAGCUGCUCCUGUCCCAAGUUUCUCUGUCAGGUGUGUCUGUGGGAGAAGCGCUGCGAACAAUGGUGAAGAAUGUGAACAGCGUUAAUGUGGAGCCCCAGCCUGGGACCAGUGUGGCCCCGGAUGAAGCUGAAAAUGUCGACAGCCAACCUACAGAGGAUUCUGGUAAGGACCAUGUGGUGGCGCCCCCUGGCAUGAUGUGGCGGGUGACCGGUGGCCUCUUCAACGUCACCAAGGGAGUGGUGGGCGCGGCGGUGGGUGGGGUGGCCUGGGUGGGCGGCAAGAGCCUGGAGAUCACCAAGUCAGCCGUGACCACAGUGCCCUCGAUGGGGGUGGGGCUGGUGAAGGGCGGGGUGUCUGCCGUGGCUGGCGGCGUCUCCUCAGUGGGCUCGACCGUCGCCAGCAAAGUCCCGUUCACAGCCAAGAGGAAAGACAAGGCUGAGUGAAGAGCAGGAAGAAGAGGACGGUGAAGAUGAUGAUUGACGAUGACGAUGGAAUUGCCCCGCCCUGAGCCAGCAGAGAGAGGCUGAUCUCUGUCUACCAGUCAAACUCCACAGUGCCUUCUGACGCCUUUCUCGGUCUCGAACAUUAGAGUCUGGUCACCAUGCAGAGAUCUAGACUUUGAUGCAAAUACACUACAUUCAGCACCAAAAAAAAAGUCAUUAGUACUACAAUACUGUGGCAACCCAGAAUUACCAGAAAAAUGCAGAGUCACAGAAAUGCUUCACACAAAGUUCUUCAUCUGACUUGGAGUGGGAUUUGUAGUUCUGGAAGUGACCACCUGGAUCCAGGCAGAUGAUAUGGACUGGGAUACCAUUCAGCACGUGGUGGACGACUUCAUGAAUAUUUUGUGUCCGUUUACAAUUCAGACUGAGGUUGUCCUCUUUCUUUUCUUCAUUCUCUCCGAACUACGCAUAUUUAGUGAAAUGUUUUUGAAUCAAAGUGCUGAUUUUAUUUUAUUUUUUGUCUUUUUUUUUUUUUUUUUUGCAAAGAUAUUGAAGUACUGUUGAAAUGUGUGCGUUGAGAAAAAUACAUGUUUCAGGGUUUUGAAAAGAGGGAUGAGCAACAUUCUUCAGUCUACAGGCUUCACUGUGUCUGACCUUUAAUCUUUUGGACGAGCCCGGGAAGGUGUUUGACCCAGCAGCCUCUGAUCUGCACGUAGGAACACUUCUCUGAAAUGCUUGUCUGAAGACUGUCGAUACAAUCAAAAGUACGCCGACACUGGGCUCGGGUCUUUUCCACAGCUAUAUUGUUGAAAUAUUUUGUUUUUAUUAUGUGUGAAAUGUUAAAAUGCUGUGCUGGACCUUUGGAAAGUUGACUUUAAAAAAAAAAAAAAAAGAUUUAAUAAAGAAAGAAACAAUCGGCAGCAUUUGAUGGUUGUUUGAGAGGAAAGGGGGCCCAAUGUUGUCUGAACUACUCAAUCAGUAAAGGUUGAACUGUACCUUUCUUUUUUUUUUUAAUCAGAAGGUGAACACUGUACUGGAGUGCAGGCCACAUUUGCGAACAUCUAUAUGCAAUAUCAGCAUUUCAAUGCAACAUUCGGAGUGAAUGGGAGCUGUUGCUGAUGGGACUACACUAUGUGAAUGUCUUGUAUGUGUGUUGUUUUCCCAAUAUAUCAAUAAAGUAGUGUUGAAGUUUAAA